ACCUUCCUUGUGCUGUCGCUAGGUGUCAGUGGCAUCCAAUAUGGCUGCACCCUUGAAGCCGUGGGAAAGAGCUGGUGUUAACAGUCAAAAUCCAGGCCCUGCUCCUGUCAACAGCAUGUCUGGGAGCCCACCUGCACCCUGCUGUGUUCAGGGCACAACCAGUGCCCCACCCCCAGUUCCAGCCCGCCCCGCCCAGAGUACAAUCGGAGCCCGCCCCUAUGCAGGAGGGUAUGGUAUGGGGAGCUCAAUGGGUUACAGCCCUUACUCCUCCUAUGGUGGUGGGUUAUACAACAGCCCAUAUAGCUCCUAUGGCAGCUAUGGGUACGGAGGUUAUGGAGGAGGUUACAAUCGAUUCGGUGGUAACCAGGAUUCAAUGAGCGGAUUUGCCCGCCAUGCAGAGGAGAACUCUCGGCCAGCUUUCCAGGCUAUUGAGAGUGUUGUGAGUGCAGUCAGCUCUGUAGGAAUGAUGAUGGACUCGACUUUCCAGGCAGUGUAUAACUCUUUCCGGGCUGUGAUCGGUGUGGCUGACAACAUGUCCAGACUGAAGAGUCAGCUGGUUUCUGUGAUAUCUGCUUUAGCUUUCAUUCGGACCCUUAAAUACAUCUACAGGCGUUUCUUGGAACUGCUCCGUCUGCGACCACCAGGUCAUGCAGCCCAGGCCUGGAAUGAUGCUGUGUUCCAGGCUGCAGCCAACAUGGCCCCUGGGGAACCCUCUCCCAAGAACAGUGCCUGGCCAAUUAUCAUGUUCUUCAGCAUCAUCAUGGGAGGUCCCUGGCUUAUCUGGAAGGUCAUCAGGUCCUUCUCAGAUGGCAGUGUCGAGAGCAACAGCUGGGCAAAUGGGGACGAGGAUCACUUUGUUGCCCGAGCUGAGCAUGACUUCCGUGCGAGCAACAACACUGAAAUAUCCUUCACUGCUGGACAGAUGAUCAACAUUGCUCCUAAAGAGAUGCAGCCCAAGGUAAGAGGAUGGCUACUUGGAUGUGCAGAUGGAAGCAAUACGGGGCUGUUGCCAGCAAACUAUUUGAAAGUAUUGGGAAAAAGAAGAGGAAAGAAAUACCAGACCCCCACCCCCCAGGGUGUCCCAGCCCCACCAGCCAGCAUCACCCCAUCAGAAAGUGCUUUCUCCCUUACUGGGCCCACACCUAGUUCCACAACCUUGAACUCUGUACCAGAAAGUAACCUUGACACUGUCUUCAAUGAGGCAACUUCUGCAGAGCUGGAUGCAUCCGAUAUUUUAGACAAAUGUGGUUCCGAGGGCAAUGACUGUGAAUGUCCUUCCGUGUCUCAGCCUGUGCCUACAAAGGACUGCUGUGCUGGCAAGUCAACGUGAAGAUCCACAAUGGAUUGUUUUAUUUGAUUUGUACAUAUGCAAAUCUGUAAGAUUUGUUAAUGUUUGUAAAUUAUGAUUUUUUUAAUAUAUAUUAAUAAUGCUCCUCAGCAAGAAAUAAUAAUUUCCAAUUAAUAAAAACAGGUGCGGUUUGUUAUGUUAAUCAUCUGUGCUGCUUAUUUCAGUACUUCAGCAGGCAAAGAAGCUUUCCCUUUACUGCUGUUUCAAACCCCCUCAAAUGGGAGAUGUUCUCAGUUUAUCACCUUGAUUAUAUGAUAAACUUUGUUUCUCACUCUUUGCUUAAGAGCUGGAAACAGUCAUGUUUGUUGUCAUCAUGAUGGUAUCAAAUGGCAUCAAUAUUAGUAUCGCAUUUUUAGCUCACCUGACUGAAAGUCAAGUGUAUUUAUGUCUGUUGACUGUCUGUCCCAUUGUCUGUUUGUCAAAGAUGGAACUUUGUGUAAAUGAUCUCAGCUAUGGUGUCGCUACAUAUUUGUUCGCAUAAUUCUGAUACAAUAUCAAACAUGGCCACCAUGCUGGCCAUAUUUAGAAACUAAUUAGUGGCUAUUGAUCGGCCAUCAGUUUUCAAAAUGUAUUGAAAUGUGGCAUACAUGUAGUUCGUAGUGGGGCCAAAGCGUAAAAGUUGAUGUCGCAAAAGUGAAAAUGCUGUCAUGCAAACUUUGGAAACCAUAUCUCAGACCCCACAGCACACUUGCUUGCCACCAUGUUAUCUGCAUACAUUGGGCAGGAAUGGCAAAGAGCAGUCGAAAGAAAUGGUUCGAGCAACAUCCCACCCAGAACAGACACUGAAGUUGUUGGUAGGAUGAUGAAGACAAAGUUUGAUCAUCAUUCACCUUUUGAUAUAGGAGAAAAUAGUCAAACAAGUUCAAGCAGACCCAAACUGUCCCCGGACAACCAGUCAGCAUUUUUGCGUUUUUGACUAGUGUGUCUGUUACCCCUUGGCUGGUCUCAGUCAUAGAGGCAAGAGCUACAGGUCUCCAGUAUCUCAAAAGGGGCCCCAUUCUCCUCUGUCCCUGUUAACCUUGAAACUGACCAUUGCAGUUAUAUUUUAUCAGUACUGGUAUUUGAAAAUUCAAAUUUAUGAUUUCAAUAAAUAUUAUUUUUAUAUCUUGUUCUCCAGAACCACUUUGCACAGGACUCAAACUUUGUGUGAAUGUCAUGACCGUAAGGUGAUCAACGUUUGUUCAAGGCAUCACUAUUUGCACCCGUCCUUGUCCUAAACUAUGUCACAAAAAUACUUUUAUUUCUUUUUCCCAGAAUCUUUUCUAUAACUCACGAAAUUAAGGUUGUGAAAUUCCAACUUCAUAAAGUGAGGUGAGCUACAGUCUUGAGGCUUGAUUUUUAUCAUUUUAUUGCCUUAGUUAACAUAGAUCAGCAAGGGAGUUUUGAAGCUGUAAUCUGGGUUUUAUCCACAAAUUUUGUCUCUAAAGGUAUGCAAUAUGUAUAUGUAUAUGUAUGCUGGUAUCAUAAGAUUUUCGUUCAGAUUGACAACAUCUACUCUAGACACUACAUAUGUUGUGCUCUCCUGUGCACAUGCUGCAUAUAAUUAUACAUUGAAAUUUUGUUUGAUUUAAAAUCUGCCUACCCUAUUUUGGUUGAUCUGAAAUCAUGAACACUCAUGUAUUUUUGGGGCCUGUUGUGAAUGUCCAGGAAAAGCAUGCUACAUAUUUUGGUCACUUACAGAGUCCUGAGCUCCACACAGUACUGAUGAAGAUGCUGUCAGUACUGUGUGGAGCUGAGACAAGCAGGAAUUGUACAUUGGCCUGGGCCUAGUACAUCUUAAAAAACAAUUGAACAUUUUAUGUGAUGUUGGAGAUCAAUUUUCAGGAAACACAUUUCCAAAUGUCAAAGUAUAUUCUGGAUUUAUUGCAUUUUGAUAUAUUUGACACUUAAAUAACUUUGUAGCUAAAAACAUUGAUUUUUCAUGAGCUCACUGGCAGUUAUUAAAUAGUAACCAGCUGAUGACAGUGUAUUGGGAUUGUGACAUAUUUUAUUUAUAUACCUUGAUUAUGAAUCUGAUUCUGUGGAGUUUUCAUUAAAUUGAAUGAAACAGCUGCUCUGACAAACCUCCCAAUGCUGCUUAUUUUACUAAGCGUCAUUUUAUUAAAAUAUUACAUCAGA